AUGGUACCAAGGGCGGAAGCACGCAAUGCUGCUCAUAAAAGUGAGAUCGACAAAGAUGCUACGCUAAAGGCUAACAACACUACUAGCUCUGACACUACUACCGCUAGAUUUUGGGACUACAUGGAAAGCAUCUUGGAAUUACCCGAAGGUCAGUGCAAUCAAUCCACGGUGAACUCUGCUCUGGUAAAAUACAUCAAACAUGCUGCAGAUAAUUACCAAUCCUGUGUGCAAACGGAACAAGGUUUAUAUCGGUUAGGACUGACAUUCACAGAAUCGUUGAUAUUCCAAAAAAAUCAGGACUUUUCCAUCAGCAAGUUGCUGUCGUUAUUGAGCGUAGAUUUAUUGGAAUGCAAUUUGAAAUUCAUCAUCAGCUAUAUCAUUCUUUGCGCUGCGAAAGGUGACUCCUCAGUCCUUGAACUGCUUCUGGAGUUCCAAGGAUUCACAGUAAUAUACAACAACCUGUACAACAUUUUUGCAUAUCUGAAUCGGUACGGUGAAGACCAAGUAAUGAGCUCAAAAAGUGACACCAUUUCGGGCGGUACGGAUAUCGAAUGGGACAUCAUCCACAAUUUGCAACAAGUAUCAACGAUUUUAAUGGAUAUCCUAUUCCAAGUGUUCAAAUACUGCAAAUGUGAGGUUUCCAACAUUACAAUAGUCGACGAUUUCUUCGUAUACUACAUGAUGAACACCAUACAGCCCGGGGUCACUGAUGAUCAAUUCAAUAAUGCCAAAUUCAAGCUUCUGUUGGCACUGAACGAACAGUACAUGAUAUUUUCCUACAAAUACGAGCUCGAAAACCGCGUUUACAAGUAUCUUGCCGAUCACUCCGUCUCCAAAAACUUUGUGGAAUUCUUACUGCUCAAGUUCAAUCGAGCGACCAACCGCUCGCUGCAAAUAAUGCUUUGCAAGAUAAUAUACCUGAUAUUGACGGUGGAUAAAAACUCUGCGGAGGAGUUUUUCUACCAGAACGACCUUAACGUUAUCGUCGACGUUCUAAUACGCGAACUAACGAAUAUACCUGAAGAUGAAGAGCUUAUUCGAAAUACUUUUUUAAGAGUACUCUUACCUUUGUUGAGCAACACCGAGUUGGCGAAAACCAAAUACCGUAGAUCGGAUUUGGCUGGUGUACUAGAGUACUUAUCGUCACUUGAUAACAUAUGCUCAUCCGAGGCUCAACCGGUUCAGAAAACGACCGUGCGGUUGGCGCAAAAAUGCUUGCAGCAGGUAGAAUGGCUCAGACUAGAAGAUACGAACGAUUCUAAUAAACUGGCAAGAAUCUACAGCGAAGAUUCCAGACAGUCGAGCGUGAGUAUAAAUUCUGCGUCUCCAGCGCGUGUUUGGCCGCCUCGUUUUUAUGAAAACGGUAAUGGAUCUUUGUCGGCGGAGUCCAUAACCAAUCGUCUACAACCGCCUCCACCUCCGCCAGCCCGAAAGCUACCAUCUCGCCAGGGAAGCGGGCAGAAGGUGGCACAGUUCCAGCUCAGAUAA